AUGGCUUUACAUCGGCAUCAGUCAUCUUUAGAAAAGCCUUCUGGAAGUGUUUUCUCAAGAAUUUGGCUGAAUACAAACGGAUUUGGCGAUCCGGAUGAUAUGCAGGAUGAUGAAAUUGUUCUUGAGCCUGACUCAGCAGAUGGCCCAUUUGUGCCAACAGAAACAUGGUGUCCAUCUCCUUCUGAAACCUUAUUCCCAGCUGUCCUAGAUGUGGUGCAGUACAAAGAUGUUCAACAGAAAGUGCUGAGUAAGCUGAAGAAGAAGUCCUCAAAAAUCAGAGGAUUGUGCAGAUAG